UACUUUUCUCUAAGAGCAGCGAGUGAAUGGACUGCCGUACUUUAUAGUGCUGCGUCAAAAGAGGCGGAGUAGAGGAGAAAAUGACAUUUUUUGGGACCGGCGUUGGGGGGGUGGGGAUGUGACGUCCUGAGGAGAGGAGGCCGGCCAUUGGCUGCAUCGGCUGUCAGUCCUGCGCGCUGCUGCAGACGGACAGGCCACUCGAUGAAUAUGGAUGAGAGCAGUGAAAAGGGUGAUGCGGCAGGGAAGACCCCCCCUCCUCAAACCGAAGCAGGCUUGAACAAUGCGUGCCGUCUUUCACUGAAAACACUCAGAGCCUGCAUUAGCAUUUUCUCAGACAAUUGAGGCUGUGGCCAGCUGCAGGCAUGGCCGGGAUGCUGCGGUGAAAUCUCUUUUUCUGCUCCCACUGAUGAAUGAGACCUUGGUGAAAAAAGGUCGACUGGCCGCAUUCCUCAACACCACCGUCGCACCUAUGCCUCGGCUAACGUCAGGAGCCCCUUUAGAGAUUGCGCCCCGGCAUUGAUGGCGAUCUGACAGAGGACUUUAGAAGCAGCAGAUCUCAGAAUGGAGGAGGGUGAGUACUUCCUGAAGGUGCUGAUCCCCAGCUAUGCAGCCGGCUCUAUUAUUGGCAAGGGUGGCCAGACCAUUGUACAGCUGCAGAAGGAGACGGGUGCCACCAUUAAGCUGUCCAAGUCCAAAGACUUCUACCCCGGGACAACUGAGAGAGUUUGUCUGAUACAGGGUACUGUUGAAGCCCUCAAUAGUGUGCACAACUUCAUCGGGGAGAAAGUCCGUGAGAUGCCCCAGAGUGCCCAAAAACCAGAACCUGUCAGCAUACUGCAACCGCAGACCACGGUGAACCCAGACCGCGUGAAACAGGCCAAAUUAAUUGUACCCAACAGUACAGCUGGACUGAUCAUUGGUAAGGGUGGCGCCACAGUGAAAGCAGUGAUGGAGCAGUCGGGAGCUUGGGUGCAGCUCUCCCAGAAGCCGGAAGGCAUCAACCUGCAGGAACGAGUGGUGACCAUCAGCGGGGAACCUGAACAGAACCGUAAGGCUGUGGAAAUCAUUGUGCAGAAAAUCCAGGAGGACCCUCAGAGCAGCAGCUGCCUGAACAUCAGCUACUCCAAUGUCUCCGGCCCAGUGGCCAACUCCAACCCCACCGGCUCCCCUUACGCCAACACAGCCGAGGUGCUGCCCAAUGCGGCCGCGGCAGCAGCCACUGCCUCCAGCCUUCUGGGCCAGGCCGGAUUGACAGGAAUGGGUGCCUUCCCUGCCGCCAUGUCCAGUUUCUCUGGCAACGAUCUGCUGGCCAUCACCUCAGCCCUGAAUACCCUGGCCAGCUAUGGCUACAAUACUAACACCCUGGGCCUGGGUCUCAACCCCGCAGCUGCCUCUGGAGUCCUCGCCGCAGUUGCAGCUAGCGCUAACCCCGCUGCUGCUGCUGCAGCUAACCUGUUGGCCUCCUAUGCUAAUGAUGCCUCCAGCAGUGCUGGCCACCCCGCUACUGGCCUUGGUGGGUUCUCCCUGGGCUCUCUAGCAGCUGCUACCGGAGCUUCCAAUGGUUACCUAAAUGCUUCAUCCCCAUUAAUGGCUUCCUCCCUGUUGGCAACAGAAAAGUUGGCAGACGGAGCCAAGGACGUGGUUGAAAUCGCUGUGCCCGAGAAUCUUGUGGGAGCUAUUCUGGGGAAAGGAGGGAAAACGCUGGUGGAGUACCAGGAGCUGACAGGAGCCCGUAUCCAGAUCUCCAAAAAGGGAGAGUUCAUUCCAGGGACUCGGAACCGUAAAGUUACAAUAACAGGGUCGCCGGCCGCCACACAAGCAGCGCAGUAUCUGAUCAGCCAGCGGAUCACGUACGAGCAGGGCGUGCGCGCCACCAACCCACAGAAGGUGGGCUAAAACCAAGCGAAGGGAACAGAAGAAAAGGAUGAGGACAGAAAAAGAAAGGAAAGAAGAGAGUCAAGAAGAGUAGAGAAAAAAAAAAAAGAAAUGUCCAAAUAUAUGUUCAAUAUUUCAGUAUAUGAUGAAAGAGUUACAAAGGAGGAGGCGGGGGAGACAACCAAGAUAAGUGUGUGUGAUUUGUGAGUGUGUUUUUAGGACAGAAGUCCUGAUGUUUUUUAAAAGUUUGUGUCAAGUCCUUUUGACAAUGGUGAUCAGAGUAAGCUGAACUGGUCCACUGCCAAGUCGCAGAUUCAGGCGCGAGGCCGCGGGGUCUCGCCCUUCUCUAAACCUCAUUACUGUCUCAUUUCUUUCUUUGGAGUGAUUGUUUUUGUUGGAUUUCAGACGGUCUGAGACGUCGGCUCCCGGUGAGCUGAGCGUGUCGGACGAAGAUCCGGCUGUUUUACAAAACCUUGCUCUUUGCUGUCAAUGCAGAAGGCAUUGUUAACAGGGGGAGGGGUUUAACAACAAGCACCUGAACUCAUCUCAGCUAUUUAGGGCAGCAGUCCAAGUAUAGUUUCUUUACAAAUAAACAAAAUCACAUCUAUGUGGACAUGUCUUGAAUUCUAGCUCAUUUCAUAACUGAAAUGACUCAAUUUGGGUAUUUUAUAUUUGCAUCCUUUAACUUAUCGACAUAGUCUCAUCCAAACACGCGUCGAUUAUUUAAACCUGUGGUUGCAGGUUGAUCUGAAUGUAAAAACAAUUUGCGCCUGUUGCUAUUUUUUUUUUACAGGGAUCAAACAUUGUGUUGCAGUGAAAGAAAUGUAUAAGUCACCCCAGCCUGUACUUGCUGUCUGCAGGUGUAGUUCAAGGGUUCAAGACUCAGUGUGAGAGGACAGAAGAGACACACAGGAAUGUAUAAAAAACACAAACAGGCAUAGAGAAUGCUCCCACAAACGCACAAACUCUCCGACGUGACAUUAUAUUCCGCCACUGCUACGAACACAAAGAAACGUGUUGAUGAUUAACCCUUUCUUGGUGCUAUAGGACUUCUAUCUCCUUUACGGUGGAAUUCAAAACUUUCCACUUGAGUUUCCACCUGGUUUAAAGUGUCGUCCAGCCAUUGGUAGCCCACUGGACCCGACCCAGCUUCAUAUCCAACGACUGUCAAAUGAUUUCUAUCAACAAAAGCAGUCUAGCUGUUCUAAUACAAACCUGUUGUUUUGUAAUACUAGCUGAACAUUUUGCAGAAGAAAACUCCUGACAUACGUUUGCCUUAGCCAGACAUUUGGAACACCAAGAAUCAAGCAAAGGGUCAGACCUCCUGAGAGCAGUGGCAGAAAACAAAGCACUACAAAGCAUUUUGAUAAGAAGAGCUGGAAGAACCUUUAUCUGUGAACAACGAAGCGAUUUCCAUGCAGUUACCAAAUAGUGGAGCCACCUGCCUGUGGGCAAUGCUUCCUGAUUUCCAUCAAGACAAAAAGAAACACAGGGAAUUAAAAUGAAUAUUAUUGUUCCCAAAGUACAUAAACGCUGACGUAGAGCAUAUAUUGAAACCUACGAUGUUUUGGGAUCGUUAUCUUUCAGUGCUACUAGCUAGUCUGACAGUGGCAGGCCCAAAAGUAAGAAGCUCUGCUCCCCUCUGUGCUGCUAUCCAUAGCGUUCAUCACGACUCUUUAAAGUCUGCACUGUGAGGCAUUUAGACCACCAUGUCUGUCCUGCUAGGGACGUCAAUACAUACAUACAUUUAUAUAUAUAUAUAUAUAUAUAUAUAUAAAUGUAUAUAUAUAUAUAUAUAUACAUACACACACACACAUUUAUGUCACCAGAUCUGCAGAGCCGGCCCAAAACUCCAAACUAUUAACUUCUUCAGACUUUACUGAGCUAACAUAUGUCCAAUAUAUUACAUGUUGGACAAUUUUAGUCCACAGUUUCCAUCCAAAUGUAGUCGAAGCUAUGACGUAACUUUUAUAUACAUUUAUUUUCGCCUUUUUAUUGUCAACCACUAUGUCUUGUUUUCACAGGCCAGUUGAACGCUUGUUUUCUUGAUGAGUUAAAUAAGAUGCUAUAAGUUAAGUUAAAAUUCAGCAGGGGGCAAAACAUUAAAUAUGUCUGAAUCUUGAUAAAUAAUUAGUCUUUUUUUAAAUUAUUAACAUUUUUAAUAGGAAUUUCAAUUUAAUUAAACAUUUAAAGUAUUUCAAUUCUGACAGAUUAAUUCAUUGAUACUCUUCAUUUGGAGGAAAAGGUUCUUGGUUUGAUGCAGACAGCAAUGGUGGAUCAUGGUAAUUAAAGCUAAUUACAGGCUUUUUCAAUAAAUUCCUUUUUUUAACACUUAGUAAUGUUUGAAAUCAUAUGAAAUUAUUUUAACUUCAAAUAAAUCUUGAUUGGUGAUGGCCUCUGAACUGAUUUGAUCAUAAACGGUCCUGUGAAGCAUAGACUUGGUGGUGUGAUGCUGCGGUAACUCGUCAACUCUUUGUUUCAGUUUGGACAAAAUCUUUUUUCCCCCAAAGCCUCUAUUUUGUCAUUUCUGCCCAAUGAACAAAUCCUCCACCACUUUUCAACAAUCGUUCAAUGCAUUCUUACCACUGGAUGUAGAGGUGAGUCGCAUUACCGCCACCUACUGGCCUGGAGGGCGUGAAUGAAUUUUUACAGGUUCACUAAAAAUAUAGAUCCUAGAAAUGUGCAAGAAAAUGAAUAAUAUUAAUAAUAUAAAUCCAUUUUUAUUCUGUAAAUAAAGUCGUAGUUCACAACUAUAACUGAUCGAUGCUAGUUUUAAUUUUUUGUUUCUCCUGCUUGUGUCUCUGCUGCUGCCGAGCAAAUAAAUUAUUCUAAUUUAGGAUGUAAAGGUUAAGUAAAAACUGUGAUUAGGAGGGAAUUUAGUUAAAUAAUUAAUCAUAAUAACUGGAAUGGGCCCCCAUUGUGGUUUGGUUAGGGCCACAUAGAGUCCUGGGCCGGCUCUGCCUCCUGGUACCAACAGAGGGGAUUUCUCCACAUGUGUCUCUUUUACUCCAGCACCUUUUGAUCUUUGCUUUUAUUAAUUAGUGAGCGUUUUCCGUCCCUCCCUGCGGCGUCCUCUCCUGUCCAUCAUGUUGCUCUCUGACGUUUCCAGUAGGCACCAUCAACACAAGCUCUAUGAUCAGUUUCCUCAAUGCGAAGCUGUGAGGGCCGGUGCUGAGUCGUGUCCAGGAAAUCUACAUGCUUCCAGUUGUAAGAGAAGCUGAUCGAUUGACUUUGUUUUCUUUUAGAAUUCAUGCAUUAAAGUCGUCAGAUUUCAAAGUAUUUGAAACAACUCUGUGUGUCGAUGUUGUGCGUGGCGAAACGAGCAGCGAGGCUUUCUUCCCAGCUCAAAUCUCUUCCUCUCACUAGCGCUUGGAGGCCUUGCAGUCAUCCAUAGCUACAAUCUGGCCACCUGUGAAAUCAUUGCAUAACAGAACCUUUUACUGCCCAAGAUUUUAGCAUAUAAUGAGAUACAAGCACAAAACGGGGGUGUUUUAUCAAUGCAACUGGACUGUUGGACUCCAGAGAGCUCUCCUUCAGAACUCCCUGAUCAAUACGUUGCGCCAAAAUCUGCUUUCUCUCCCUCUCAUUAGAUUUCCUCUCCACAUUUUCUUCCCCGGAGUGUCCUGCGUCCCCCGGCCCCUCGCCGGGCGCUCCUUCCUUCCUACACUGUGCUCUCCCCCUCUUUCUCCUCCCCUCGUGUCUUGUCGUCUCAUGGGCGAUGCGUUGGACGCACUGUGGGUGGGAGUUAUGCACUACGGGUCGUAGGGGUAUGAAAAUGUUUUCCCAGGCCACAGAGUUCACAAGGCUAAAAUGCACAGAAACCACCUGCCUCCAAAACUGUGACACCCACCGAGACCAACCAGCAACGUUAGCUCAACGUGUCAAAUGUCCUCAGCUUGAGGAACUGGACAGAUUCGGACAGGCCUGGCAUUUUCAAAGGAAGGUAAUCUGGGUUGUUUUUUUUUCUUCUUUUUUUUCCAAAAAAAAAAAGGCAAAUCCUGGUAGGAGGAAUAUUAAUUAGAUGGCCGAGCUCUAGACUGAAUAUUUCAGACAGAAUGCAUAAGACAGCAAGAGAGAGCGACUUGUUAGUGACCUCAAGCCGAAACAGUGACAUCCUUUAUGCAUAUCCUGCUAUCUGAAAAUGACUCGAGCUCAUUUCUGUGGAAUACGAUAUGUCACGUCAUAUGAUCUAUAUGUACUUUAUUGUAGCUAUUCUAGUUUGUAGUCCAAAUGCAGUCCAGCGUUGUCAAUACAAUGUGAAACUAUGUUAUAUCUGUGUGGAUGAUGAGAGUGCCGACUAAGCCUGACUAAGAUUAGCUUCGCAGUUUGUUUGUGCAUUAUGACGCCUCAUCAUCGGGCGGUGGUGUCCAUAUUCCUGUCACUGAAGAUUUAGUUUGACAGUAAGAAAAAUGUUAAGAAUAUUGGAAGCAAUAUAGUAGCAUGUUGUCCUGUUUUGUGUUUUAUGUCUGUUGUAUGGACUUUUGAAAAUACUAAGAUUUUGAAUGAAUAGGUUUACAUGUACUUCUUUUUGUAAGUUAUGAAAAUGCUGCUAUUUGAUAAGUAAACUAUACAAAAAUAUUUUAGUGGAAAAGAUGUCUGGUCUGUUGAUUAGAGAUGUGCUCCGACAGGGAGGAGCAUAAACGGAGGUGUAUAGGAAGCUAUACGGUAUUGGUAAGAUAGAAAAGUAAUAAUAGACUCCAUAGUAUGACCUGUGCCAAACUAGACCUCUGCAGCUUCUGAAAUUGUAGAUGUGCGAUCAAAUGUUAGAUAUCAAUAACAUGUUUAGAAGUGCUGAUCAAGUGCCAAUCAAACACUAUCUUUUGAGUUAAGAAAAGAUAAUCAAAUACAUUACUUAAGAAAACAAAGGACAAAGAAUUUUUUUGUGCAUCGUUUUAUCCCAUAGGUACAUAGAAUAAGAGUUAAAGAUUGUGAUUUUUUAUGGAUCCAUGUUGUUUUACCCUCCAUGCAUCCUUGUGUGUUUGUUUGACCUGUGGCUUUAGUACCGCUGUUUUCCACUAAUGUCUCUAUAGGCCAGCAUGGACUAAGCAUAAACAUGUUAUAAGCAUCCAUAACAUAGCCAUUAACAAUCAAACAAUGUGUUUGUGGAGUUCGGUGUUAUCUUUUUGCACGUCUUCUAUUGCAUGGUAUCAAAGUAAAAUUAUGGAGGAAAAAAAAAAGAAAAAAACAGAAAAAAAGUCAAAAAACGUGCGAGGGGUCUUCUCGCAACAUUCAGAGACAUAAGCGCUGCAUGCGGUCAGAUGUAUAUCUCUUUAAGUUGAACUCACCUCAUGUUAAAACUGUUGAUCUUUACGUUGGGAGUUGGGAGGGAGCUCAUUAUCGUCAUGUUGGCCCGAAAAGAACAAAAAAAAAACAUGAACACACAUCUGAGAUGGGAUUUCUCAUGGGUCGGACUCAUCUCUAACCAUCAUCUGAGAAGAUCUGAUGUGUUUUUUAGAUCUAGAGGAGGAUUCAAAUGUGAAACAAGCAAACCUGAAAAUGUUACUCAGUGCAUUGGCUCUUUGUGUUUCUAGGAUCUCAGUCAGAUACUUUAACCGCGUUUUUCUGUCACAGCCGUAAAGCCCAGAUCUACUCUAUGAAUGUACUCAUUUCUUCUGUUCUUCGGUUCUGUUCCGGUUCUGUUGAAUGUCUGUCUGUCUGUCACGUGACGCCACGGCAGGAAUGUCCACUACAUGUAAAGUGAAAACCUUUUUUUCCAGCUCCAGUCAGGUAGGCCCCACACGGCCGCAGUUAUGAACCAGAUAUGCGAACACAACUUCCGAUUUGCUGUCAACAUUUUCCUGUUUGUUUGAUGUUGCAUAAAUGCACUUUAUUGAUGGGCGGGAGGGAAACGAAGCAAACCGUGUUGGCUUUCCACAACCAUGUUGCUGUCAUCCUUUGUUCUGAUUUGAUUUGCUAGUCUGUGUCGGAAGUCCAGGAGGAUGGGAAAGGCUGGAAUCUCAGACAAAUAGAAAAGUAGCUCCUGUUUUCUCUCUCCAAGGCUCCUCUGCCACAUUCCCUGCAGGGCGGCACAACCAAUCAUCUCCUUCCUUUAGAUUCUCAAAUUCCAAAUUUAUUUUUUCUUGUGUUGCCAGAAAAUUUGGGCUUUAGCCGUGAAGUGAGCGGCGAUGUUACUGUCAGAUCUAAGAGGGUUUUUUUUUCUUUUUUUGGCACCAGCAACAUAAAGAGAGACUCUGGUAGCUGGGACUGGUGGAGCCUUGCUGGUUCCAGUUAUUUUUCUGUUUCCCUGUUCUGUGUUUCACACCCAGACCAGUUGGCAGCAUCAUUCCAAAGGUGAUUGUGUUUUUGAUUUUCUGGUCAGUCAUGAUCCGCUCCCUGCGGAGCCCCUACAGGAAGGCCAAGACUGGUUUGGAACCGGUUCCGGCCGCUCACUCCUCUCUUUGAACCAGUUCUACCUGAGUCUCUGCAUCGCUCCACGACUUGUGAUUCAUUACACCGAGAACCUGCAACUGUGUCCGCCCCUUUAAACGGGAAAUCUAAUAGGAUUCUUAACAAACCAGACAUGAGGCCAUUACUGCUCUUUGACCAUCGACACCUCCCAUGAACUUUGUUGCUCUUCGACAUCCUCAGAACUGGUGUCCGUUGGAGAUGAAACUCUUAGACUCUGAAGACUGUUCUGUUGUUUGUUUUUCUUUGAUUUAAAGCUUGCUUAUGUGGAAAACGUGAGGAAGCACGUCUGUACCGUGAUACGGUUUCAUGUUCUUUACAUUCUGGGUUAUGCUUUGAUGCUGUUUAAUCUCUGUUCGUUCCAUCUCAGACAAAAUGGACUGACAGCAUAAGAUCAAAUGUUUCCGGCUUGAGCAAAGUGAUGUUUUGUUCAUUGGGUCUGUUUCUCUUUGUUACAAACGAGAACAGUCGUCUUUUUUGUUGUUUCGACAAACGAGGAGAAUCUGUGAAAGUCGGCAGCGUAAACUACCUAAAGGGCUUUCUCCGAGAGCAUUUAUACAAGUCCUUUGAACGUGGUUCAGAAAUGAAACAAAACAAAAAUGCCUUUCUUGUGCCAUUUUAGGAGAAAAAAGUGAGAAAGCUUUUGUGGAAAAUCUCUGUCCAUAAUUGUGCCAAAUAAUUCCCUACUGAGCCAAAAGGCAGCCAGCCGCCAUAACUGUUGGGUCCGUCCCCCUAUAAGAAAACAUCACCCUAUUUGUGCAGCGUUGGAGCCCACGUACCAUUACUGUUAUGCUGCCAGUCUGUUUUCUGCUUCGGUCAGAAACAUCAGGAUAUUUUGUAUUAAAAGACAACAGCUACUAUGGUGAAGGAUGAGAGGAUUCGAAUGCUCAUUGUUUCUGUUUGUUUAUUUCCGCAUCCUUCAUUCUAGAUUUAACGGUAAUGAUAUUUAAUGUAACUGUAGUACUGUGUUUGUAAAAAAAGAAAUUCAGUGAGUUGUGUUCUAUGACUCGUGGACUACCAGUGAAGUCAGCAUUUCAGUGUUAAUAAUUGAAUUGUUUUUUAAAGAUUAUUUUUGCGACGGCAACAAAGAGUCAUUAUAAAUGUUCAUUUUAACAUCA